CUCUGCUUGGCUCUUGCAACCACCUCUUUUUCCUUAUCUCCCAAAUUUUAUGACAAUCUUUGUCCCCAAGCUUUGCCUGCCAUCAAGAGAAUCGUUGAGGCUGCUGUCCACCGGGAACCCCGGAUGGGAGCUUCUUUACUUCGUCCACGACUGCUUCGUUAAUGGUUGCGACGGUUCACUACUUUUGGAUUCUACGUCUGCUUUCGAAACCGAGAAAAAUGCUCGUGGUAAUUUCAAUUCUGUAAGAGGGUUUGAAGUUGUAGACCAAAUUAAGGCUGAAGUGGAUAGAGUAUGUGGACGCCCUGUGGUCUCUUGUGCUGAUAUCUUAGCAGUGGCUGCUCGAGAUUCAGUACUUGCGCUCGGAGGUCCCACAUGGAAGGUUCGUUUGGGUAGAAGAGACUCAACCACAGCUAGCAGGGCUUUAGCAGACAGUGUGCUUCCAUCAGCAUCAAUGGAUCUCCCCGCUUUGAUCAGCAACUUCAAGAACCAGGGCUUGAACACAAGAGAUCUCGUAGCUCUCUCCGGUGGCCACACCGUCGGAUUGUCACAAUGUGUUAUCUUUAGGAACAGGAUUUACAAUGCUACCAAUAUUGAUCCUACUUUUGCCAAAGAGCGUAGAGUAACUUGCCCACGAACCGGUGGAAACACUAAUCUCGCUCCUUUUGACCCAACACCUGCUCGAUUCGACACUGCAUACUUCAAGAACUUGGUGAAGGAAAGGGGGCUACUCACCUCUGAUCAAGCACUUUUCAGUGAUAUUGAAGUCGCAUAUAAAUGUCUUGAAGAGAGCUAUGGUACAAAACAGGAAGAUAUCAUCCUCUAUGGUCAAUCUGUUGGUAGUGGCCCCACUUUGGAUCUAGCCUCAUCGCCUCGGUUAAGAGUCGUUGUUUUGCACAUCCCAUACUUCGGUUUAAGAGUAAUGUAUCCUGUAAAGCAUACAUAUUGGUUUGACAUUUAUAAGAAUAUUGAUAAAAUUCCACUUGUCAAUUGUCCGGUUCUUAUCAUUCAUGGAACUCCGGAUGAAGUUGUUGAUUGCUCCCAUGGAAAGCAACGGGAACUAUGCAAAGAGAAGUAUGAACCUCUAUGGCUUAAAGGAGGAACCACUGUGAUUAGAGCGUUACCACAGUAUAUAAGACAUCUCAAGAAGUUCAUAUCAACUGUUGAGAAAUCUCCUUCUCAAAGGUGCAGUUCUAGGAGAAGCACUGACCAAUUUGAGCGAUCUCAUAAAAGUGUUGAUCAUUGGAUAGAAUACGAACAGGUGAUGAUACUACUUUCGUGUAAAGAAAAAAACUCCAUGCAAGUGUUUGACAUUUCAUGUUGUGAUGAACUAAAUCUGGUUUUGUUCUUUAUUAAUUCUUAUGGCGUCGAGGCUUUGUAUUUGGUUUUCCCAAUAUCUUUUGAUUAUACUAUGGCAUGA